AUGGAGCGCAUCAAGGGGGGCGAGCUGUUUGAGGCUUUGAAGUCCGAGCUGGCGGUCAUCACUGAACAGGAUAUGUCGAGAGUGAGCUUGCAGCUCCUGAAGGCGCUCGAGUAUCUCCACAGCUGCCGUGUUGUUCACAGAGACAUCAAGGCCCAGAACAUCCUUUUGACUGAGCCGCCGUUGCUUCCUGGCAGAGCGCUAUGCAAAGCUGACAUCAAAGUGAUCGACUUCGGCCUUUCGGCUCGCCUGCCGCAGGAGUGCUGCUGGCGACAGAAUGACCGCUCUUUUGACAUCGUUUGCGGGACGCCGGCCUGCUGCGCUCCUGAAAUCUGGGCGACGCAGGAGGGCGCUCUGCCGAUUUGGAAGAAGCGCUUUGGCCACAGGUAUGGCGCCAAAGUGGACAUUUAUGCUGCUGGUGUGGUGAUCUACAUGGCGCUUCUCGGUCAGCUGCCUUACUAUGCGGAGACCUCACUGAAGCUUGCCAGACUUGUUUGCAGCAAGGACUCAUAUCCCAGCUUCGAGUCCAAGGAUGGAAGCCAUCAGGUUUCAUCAAGGUGCCGGGAGUUCCUUUCUAGGCUGCUGGAGAAGGAUCCAAACAGUCGUUGUACAGCGGCGCAGGCUGCUCGCCAUCCGUGGCUCUCCGGACGGGCGAAGAGAUCAAUCCCACAGCCAAUUCCUUUGCAGGUGCGGAGCAGUGCGGCUGCAGAGGCAAAGGCCUCUUUGGAGCAAUGCCUCCCAGAGUGCGAGCACAACGUCUCGCCAAAGGCAAGCUGCGGCAUGCUCUGGGAUUCCAGUGGUGGCUCUCUUCAGAAUCUUUCCCAUGAAGUGACGCGGAGUGCAACAAACACCAACGAACAUCCGAUACACUUCUUGCCAUCUUCUUCCAUGUACUCUCUCCUGCGAGCUCAGAAGGCCCAGAAUUGA